AUGGCGGGCCCGGGCCCGAAGCGGCGCGCGGCGCCGGCGCCCGCGGCGGCCGAGGAGGAGCGGCAGGCGCGCGAGCGGAUGCUGGCGGCCGGGGCGGGCGCCGGGGCCGGGGCCGGGGCCGAGGGCGUGGCCCUGCGGCGCACCAUCGCGCUGCCCAGCGGCGUGGCCAUCAUCGUGGGCACCAUCGUGGGCUCGGGCAUCUUCGUGACGCCCACCGGCGUGCUGCGCGAGGCGGGCUCGCCCGGGCUGGCGCUCGCCGUGUGGGCCGCGUGCGGCCUGCUGUCCAUCGCGGGCGCGCUGUGCUACGCCGAGCUGGGCACCACGAUCGCCAAGUCGGGCGGCGACUACGCCUACGUGCUGGAGGUGUACGGCGCGCUGCCCGCCUUCCUCAAGCUCUGGGUGGAGCUGCUCAUCAUCCGGCCGUCCUCGCAGUACAUCGUGGCGCAGGUCUUCGCCACCUACCUGCUCAAGCCGGUCUUCCCCAGCUGCCCGGUGCCCGAGGCGGCCGCCAAGCUCGUGGCCUGCCUGUGCGUGCUCCUGCUCACGGCCGUGAACUGCUACAGCGUGAAGGUCGCCACCUCGGUGCAGAAUGUCUUCGCAGCUGCCAAGCUGGGGGCGCUGUCCCUCAUCAUCCUGCUGGGCUUCAUCCAGAUCGGGAAGGGUGGCGUCUCCAAUCUGGACCCGGAGAACGCCUUUGAAGGCACCAAGCUGGACGUGGGGAACAUCGUGCUGGCCUUGUACAGCGGCCUCUUCGCCUACGGGGGAUGGAAUUACUUGAAUUUUGUCACGGAGGAGAUGAUCAACCCCUACAGGAACCUGCCCCUGGCCAUCAUGAUCUCCCUCCCCAUCGUCACGCUGGUGUACGUGCUCACCAACCUGGCCUACUUCACCACCCUGUCCACCGAGCAGAUGCUGACCUCAGAGGCCGUGGCUGUGGACUUCGGGAACUGCCACCUGGGCGUCAUGUCCUGGAUCAUCCCCGUGUUCGUGGGUCUCUCCUGCUUCGGCUCCGUCAAUGGGUCCCUGUUCACCUCGUCCAGGCUGUUCUUCGUGGGCUCUAGAGAGGGCCACCUGCCCUCCAUCCUGUCCAUGAUCCACCCGCGGCUCCUCACGCCCAUGCCCGCCCUCGUGUUCACGUGCAUCAUGACCCUGUUCUACGCCUUCUCCAAAGACAUCUUCUCCGUCAUCAACUUAUUUAGCUUCUUCAACUGGCUGUGCGUGGCGCUGGCCAUCGCCGGCAUGCUGUGGCUCCGCUACACCAAGCCCGAGCUGGAGCGGCCCAUCAAGGUGAACCUGGCCCUCCCGGUGUUCUUCAUCCUGGCCUGCCUCUUCCUGAUCGCCGUCUCGUUCUGGAAGACGCCCGUGGAGUGCGGCAUCGGCUUUGCCAUCACGCUCAGCGGCCUGCCCGUGUACUUCCUUGGCGUCUGGUGGAAGAGCAAGCCCAAGUGGCUCCUGCAGGGCAUCUUCUCUUCCACUGUCCUGUGCCAGAAGCUCAUGCAGGUGGUGCCCCAGGAGACAUAAGCCAGUGGCCUGGAGGCUGCCAAGAAGAUGUCAAGAGACCGUUCGAGAUCAACUCACCCCUCCAAGGUGAACUGCCCGUCAUCCAGGCAGCUCAGCCGCGGGCCUGCCACCUACCAGCCUCCCCUGCGGGCCCGGCACCCACCACAGAAGCUGGCAGGACGCCACACUACAGCAGCAUCAGCAGGGCCCUCGGCGUGCAGAAAGGGCGCUGGGCAGAGCCCGGGCAGUGCCUGCCGGCACCCGUCACGCGGGGUCUUCCCCCUGCCCUCCUCCACCCACUUGUGUUAUUUUUUUAACUUAAAUUAUGGAGGCCACCAAGAUGAUUAUUUUUUAAAGAAUUGGGGAAGGGGGAGCAGUGGGACAAUCUCCCCCAACUCCCAGUGCUGCCCGCAGCGUGAGGGGCCCCCGAGGGCCUGGUGUGGCCAGCCUGACCCUGGGAGGCGCAGAGCCCCACGCUACAGCCGGAGGCCGAGUGCUGAGCCGCCCGGCACGGGACGUGGGUGUGCGCGAGGACAGGCCCUGCCCAGCUCCUGGUGUUCGUUGCUGCAGGUGUGGGGACAGUAGGGACAGUUGCUUUUUGCCUUAAAGACCCUGGGCAGAGCCCUCCCUGGCCAGGUUGGAGCAGGGGUCUCAGCCCCUGUCUGCCUGAGAGGAGGGGCUGGCGGAGUGUGCAGUAGGGCCGCGUUCUGAGCCCGGUGUCUGAGCAGCUGGGCCUCUAGCGACCCACAGCCAGCACCGCCUCUUGGCCUGGUGGCCCUAUGAGGACCCCGGCUAAGCGCGUUCAGACGUGCCGGUCACGUGCAGUCUAGAAACAGGGUGACAGACGCUACAUGGCCGGGCACCCCCUGCUUCCCCUCUUAGGUGCCGUGGCCGUCUUAGCCACUGACCCCCAUCUGUCCCCAAAGUGUUCUGAGCCAAGUGCUGUGCUGAGCCCCCCGCUUCACCCUGGGGAGCCCUCCCCGCUCUCCACCCUGGGCUGCAUGAAUGCCGAGCAGCUGGUUGAGGCUGCGUAUCCCAGGCGGUGUGAUGGACACCAGAGAAACCCGGCAGGCGGCUUGGGGGGCCUGGGCUAGGUGUUGAGGUACAAAGGCAUCAGCCCACCGGCCUUCCCUCCUGCUCUGCGGGGCCACGGGGAGGUCAGGAGACCCAGCCUUCCUGCGUGACCACGCGCAGCUCCGCAGAGGCUGCCAGGGGUGAGCUCUGGCCCUCGGGGCCAUCUCUGCCCACUGGGUGAGACCCCUGGCAGGCGGCCCCGGGAGGCCAGAAGACCUGUGCGAGACAGCUGCGUCCCUGGCUCUGCCCGGGCCUCGAUUUUGUCAUCUGCAAGCAGACAGCGGCUGCCUGGCCGCCUGGCGGGUUCAUGCGCACAUCUCGGGGCACAGCCUGCUCCUCCCCGCCCCCACCCCCCACCUCCCAGUGUUUGCUGCUCCCCCGGGGCCAGGGCGGGUGACCGACCGUGUGCUCUGCCGCUGCGGGGUGGACAGGUGCACCCGGCAGAGGGGGUCACGGUGUGUUCUCAUCUGGGCUUCUUGGCCGUCCCCCCACGCAGCCUGGGGGUGCCACCUUAGAAGGCAGAGCCCGCCGGGGCCACUCCUCCCCCGUCAGCCUGCGUGUGGUUUUCGUCUCUGAUGUGGCCGAGCCCGCCGGCCAUCCGCUCUUGCUCGCGUCCUCCCAUCUCCCGGAUGCGCGCCUGCGGGGACAUCGCCCAGCCGGGACCACGUCCAGCCCUGCGUGGCUUCCGUGUCUCGUCCUGCUCGUGGCUAAUCUGUUACAUGUGUCUGGGGUGGGGUGGGGAGCUCUGGUUUUGUUUGUGAGGCUUUUUGUUCAUUUUUAAAGAAAAACAAUUGGACCCUUAAGUCGUGCCGGUGCCUUCUGU